UCACCGGCGACGGGAGAGGAAGGCUGCGGGUCGGGCAGCAUGGCUGAGAAGCGACACGAAGGAGACACCCAAGCCCGGCGACUCCCCAACUCCUUCAAUGCAGAUAGCUCCGUUACGGGCCUUGGACCUUGUGGAUGGAUUUUGGUGGCUGUCUCAUUCUUAUUCACAGUUAUAACUUUCCCGUUUUCAAUAUGGAUGUGCAUAAAGAUCAUAAAAGAGUAUGAAAGAGCUAUCAUCUUUAGAUUGGGUCGCAUUUUACAAGGAGGAGCCAAAGGACCAGGUUUGUUUUUUAUUCUACCAUGCACUGACAGCUUCAUCAAAGUGGACAUGAGAACAAUUUCAUUUGAUAUUCCUCCUCAGGAGAUCCUCACUAAGGAUUCAGUGACAAUUAGUGUGGACGGUGUGGUCUAUUACCGUGUUCAGAAUGCAACCUUGGCUGUGGCAAAUAUCACCAAUGCUGACUCAGCAACCCGUCUUCUGGCACAAACUACUCUGAGGAAUGUUCUGGGCACCAAGAACCUUUCUCAGAUCCUCUCUGACAGAGAAGAAAUUGCACACAACAUGCAGUGUACUCUGGAUGAUGCCACCGAUGACUGGGGAAUAAAGGUGGAGCGUGUGGAGAUUAAGGACGUGAAACUACCUGUGCAGCUCCAGAGGGCUAUGGCUGCAGAAGCAGAAGCAUCCCGGGAGGCCCGGGCCAAGGUCAUUGCAGCUGAGGGAGAAAUGAAUGCAUCCAGGGCUCUGAAAGAAGCCUCCAUUGUCAUCACAGAAUCCCCUGCGGCCCUUCAGCUCCGGUACCUUCAGACACUGACCACCAUUGCUGCAGAGAAAAACUCGACAAUUGUCUUCCCUCUGCCCAUAGAUAUGUUGCAAGGCAUCAUGGGGGCAAAACACAGAGCCACAUAGGCCAGUACAGAGAUGAGCUCUACAUUCCAAGGAUCAAGUGGAGACCAAAUUAGCCUUUAACUCAUAAGGAGAAAGUAGGGUGCGGCACCUUGGGAAUAUCCCUUCCUUUCCUUUUCCAUAUUGUUGAGUGUGGUGUUCGUAGAAUGUAUAGUCAUCAUAAGAACAGGCAUAAGAGCUGUUAGUUUGUAAAUAGUGAGACAGAAAGAGAAAGAUUGGUGGUUAAUAUAAGAUAAUCUCUUACUCUUUAAAAUACUUAAAAGUUUGUAGUUUUAGAUCAUUACAUAGUAGGUUAAAUCCUUCUUCUUUUGACUUCCACUGAGUCAUUCUUAACCCUCUAUCAGCAGCCAGGCCAGAGGCAAGAACACAGCCUAGAACUGCCACCUAACACCCCUGGCUGGAUAAAUGCUUUGCAGGAAGUGAUGACCUUAUGCCACAGCCAGCUUCUCUGGACCAUAUGUGCCUUUUCUCCAGGGAGUCUUCAUUGAGAAAAUUUCCCUAAUAUCCAUUUACUUUCUAAACCCAAACCAUGUUUCAGAAUAAUCCUUACUCAAGAGUAGACAUUUUCUUGCCUGUAUCUGUCAGAACUAGAGGAAAUGUCAUCGAUGAAAAAGAUUAUCCUAUCCCUUCAAAGACUUUUAAAUUCACUAUUAUAGUGGUCCUUUUAAAAUAAUAUGUGCAUUUUUUUUUAACUUCUUUGGGAUUCCUUUAUGAGUAAGUGAUUGCUGUGUGGUCUGUCAAACCAGCUAAAUACUUGUCACAAAAGUGCUUUUUUUCUCACUUUUGCCUAUUUUCAUAUAUGGGGUUUUAAAAAGUUUUGAUUUUUUUAAUAAAAUUUUCUCUAAGUUCUACAAAUAAUUGUUAUGUACCCAUUUGAAUAGUUUAAGGACUAAAAUACUUUUUAAAAAAAUAUCUUCAGAAAACCAUUAUAUUUUACUCUCUGCAUCCGAUUAACUAUUGUACACUGUGAAAUAUCUCAGUUACCAGUCCCAUGCAUUAAGUAGUAUAAGGAAUUCACAAUGUACUGGGCACAUAAUGAGCUUGGGCAGACACUGUCAAACAUAGGGUAUCCAUACAGAUGUAGACCUUUUUUUUAUUUGCCUAGUCAUUCUUUUUCUAUCAUAUAUGUUGGUGCUGAAAGAAGAGAAGUGGUCGGUCCCUCUGGACCAGAGUUUCUUAAUCUGUGAUAUUAGGAAGCACCUUCCAUUUUGCAAACGCCUGUGAAUCUGAGCAACCUGGCAUUCUUCCUUUUGAGCUGGAAAACUGGCUGGUGACAUUUGUAACACUUCCUCUUUGAGGCUUUGGUUUCACCUAAAGAAGUCUAAGAAUAACAGCUUCUUCUCCCAGCACCACCGUUCAUAUCUAUCCUUAUUUGAAUCACGCUGUCAGCUCCAGCCUAUGGUUACCCUUUCCUUACUCCCCAUUUCCAAGUUUAUUUUAGAAAACCUUGAACUACCAUGUAUCCUGAGUUUAUUAUAGGCAUGUGGAGCAUUUCAACUUGGAAAUCAGGUUGUGUUUACAUUUUGAAUUUUAAAAUGAUGGUUUUAUCUGUUUUGUGAGGUGGUUCACCCUUGACCACCGAGGACCAGGAAACCCCACAUCCUGGCUGAAAAUCUCUUCUCAGCGUACCAGUGCUUUUGGUUCCUGAGUUCCCCUAUGUCCUGAUACCAAGUAACUUUCACUUUUCUGCCUUCUGAGUUAAUAGCCUAAUAGGUUGAAAUUAAGUUGCUUGGGAGGGAGGAAGCACAGAAGGAGCUCUAGGAUGAAAGUGUUAGUCCAAGAGUUUUUUCCAAGCGGCAUCCCUUUCCAACAAUGUACAUAAUAAAGUAUAUACACUUUAA